GGGCCGGGCUUGCCGGGCCGUCCCGCUGACCUCCGUCGUUGUGCAGGCUGGAAGGAGGCGGUGUCGGCCGCCGCGGGCGCCCUGCAGGCGGGGGGGCUGGUGGCGCUGCCCACCGACACGGUGUACGGCGUGGCCUGCCUGGCCCAGGACUCCGGCGCCGUGCGGAGCAUCUACAGCCUAAAGGGGCGGAACGGGGAGAAGCCGCUGGCCAUCUGCCUGGGGGACGUGGACCGGCUCUACAGGUACUGCCAGGUGAACGUGCCCGACCAGCUGCUGCGGGACCUGCUGCCCGGACCCGUCACCCUGGUCUUGAAGCGCUCGGAGGAACUCAACAAGGACUUGAAUCCUUUCACAUCGCUGGUGGGUGUUCGUAUUCCAAACCACCCCUUUGUCAGGGAGCUGGCACGAGCUUGCUCUGGCCCUUUGGCUCUAACGAGCGCUAACAUCAGCUGCCAGGCGAGCACGCUGAGCGUGUCGGAAUUCCAAGACCUGUGGCCUCAGUUGUCCUUAAUCGUGGAUGGAGGCCCCAUAGGGGAUGUCCAGAGCCCAGAGUGUCGUUUGGGGUCAACUGUGGUUGACUUGUCUGUGUCGGGGAAAUUCACCAUCAUUCGUCCCGGCUGCGCGCUGACGGCCACGGUGGAAAUCCUGAGGCAGAAAUACGGGCUGACCCCGGGAGCGUCGUGAGGCUGGGGCUCCGAGGAGGCUCUGCAGAGCUGGGGAAGCUGGGCACCGUGUGCCGGGGCGUUCGUGGCCUUGUUUAAUGAGGUCGGUGGGUUUUGCUGAGGUUAAUAACCAAAAGCUUAAAAAAAACCCAACAAAGCAGCAGUUGCUGGGUAUCUGUUAAUUGGCAUCACAUCUGCUGUCAUCUGAGGAACCAACCCAAACCGAACACUGAGCUCUUUGUGCUGCUGCACCAUUCCCAAAUACCUCUCUGUUUUAUUAACGUGAUAAAGCCUUUGAAAUACCAUUAUUUGAACCUUAGACUGUUCUCAGGAUGGGAUGAUGAAGACAGUGUCUGAUCCACCCUCCCCUUCACACUCAUUCCAUACCUUUGUUUAUUGAGUCUGCACUGAAAGAAGAGCAAAGAUGGAGAAGAGGAUUUUUGAGCUUUCAGGGUGCUGCAGGGAAGGUGUUCCCUGGCUCGUUCUCUCUGUUCUGUGUCUUCAAAACCUGCUACUGAGAUGAAACUGUAAGUGCUUUUGAAAAUGAACAGUUGGGUAAAUGAUCCCUAUCUAGACAAGAGCUGCUCAGAAAGACCUGACUCUCUCCUAAUACAAAGAAUGAAAACAAGCUCUUACUGUGCUGAACUCCACUUUUUUUGAACAUUCACUUCCUGCUCUUGAUUUGUUCUGACAACAGUGCAAACCUGAUGUAAACAGGGAAUAGAUGAAAGUUUCCUCUGGUAUUUAUUCUUCAUAGAAAAGUAAGGUUUAUGGAGCUGCUAUUAAUCUAAAAACUGUUAAGCAACUUGCAUGGUUUUAUUAUAAAUACUCAUUUUUGGACGUUGUUGUCCAUCGCUGUUGACGGACUUGGGUGCUCGGUAAGAAUGUCUAUGGAGUUGUCAUAAAUAGAAUUUUACUCCUCAUCCA